AUGGCCGAUCUAUACAUGUACAGUCUUCGUGAAGCAGCAAAUCUGAACCACGCUCCUCUUUCGUCGGGAUCGGUUACUGGCUCGAGUGACUUCCAGGCAUCCACCGCCUAUACACGUCGUCGUCUACGCGCACCGCGUUCUGAAGGCGAUAUUCGAGCAUUGGGAGACGAGGACGACAGCAAUCUUGCGGCUUCUCUCCGUGUACCUUCCUUCAACCCAAUCCUUCUGCCAGCUCCACCAGUCAAUGAUCCCACUCCAGGACCAUCAAAGCCCAAGGCAAGACGCGCGACAAAACCACCUCCUAUCACCUCCAACGUUCCGGUGCGGCCCCGUCAGCCUAGAUAUCGCACGCCCACUCACUGCCUCACUUGCAUGGCAGAAAAGGGUAUCCGCAACAUGAACUGCACUCUCUGUCACCAGUGUCACUCCGAACGCCAUACCACCGGCAGGUGCAAGAUGUUGAAGCCCAAGUUCCACAAGUUCAUGGAGCUUUCUGUGGAGCUACGUCAGCGCAUCUAUUCGCUCGCACUUGAUACAGACCGACCCAUCAGGCCUCAUCUGUGCGACUAUACCGACGACCAGGUCGUUCAGUUCCACGACGACAAUGCAGAGCAUCACUUCGCGACCAGCGAUCUUCUCGGUAUCACUCGCGUCAGCAAGCAAGUCCGAGAGGAAUCACUUCCCAUGUUCUACUCCACAAACACCUUCUCCAUCGGUUAUGACACCUCGACUUACUUCGACCGUCUCGCGUAUCUGGGCCGUUUCCACAUGGUCCGCCACGUCCGGUUCCAGAUCGAUAACCGCAAGGAGAGCAUGUCUCCCAGCAUUCUACGUCGCAUGAACCAGUACAUCAAGGAAGCAGAUGUCUACGAGAAGCAGUUGACCGGCCCCGUUGGCCAGCAUAUCUCGUCGCUGAAGAAACAUCCCCAGUACCUCUACGGCGGCUGCCCCGAACUAAACACCCUCAUCACACUCAUGAAACUCACCUCCCGCCUCGACAACCAGACCAAGAACCAGUACGAAGGAAAAGGUAAAGGCAAAGCCACCGAACUCACCACCGCCCCACCCUUCCACUCCAAGCUCGUCGUCCCCGUCUCCUCCGUACCCAACUUCAUCGCCUACACCGCCUACAAAUGGUUCCCAACCGUCAUGUACGGCCUCGGCAUCCAACUGCACUACGUCGACAACACGCCGUUUGCCUUUGUCGACGGCGGCACCGUUGGCAUUACGUGGGAACAGCGUUUGCAGAAGAAGGACUUUGGCGAUAUCCCUGAUUACGUUGAUCUGGUGGAUAGUAGCGGCCAGACGGCGGCGUAUAAGAUGGCGCUUAGACUGGAUCCGGGGUUGGAGGGGAGGCAGAGGCCCAAGGCGUGGGCGUAUUUGAGGGAGACUUGUACGGGUGGGAAUUACGCGUGGUUUGAUUUGCCGACUGAGGGGGGUGGGGUUGGGUAUUAG